UUCAACGGUUUCUUGUAUUUUAAUACGCGUAAAAGCAAUGCAUUUUGUUGUGAAAAAUGGAUUUUAGUGCGAUAAAUAAACAUUAGUCUGAAAAAAAUAACUUAGAUUAUCGUAGUUUAUAUUCGUUUAUAUACAGGACUUGUGUAUUGUGUCGGGUGGCAUAAUUGAAAAAAUGGGUGGUAAACAAAUAAGCGCGCGUACUGCGUGUUUGAACGAUUUAAUUCUUGGCCGAUCGACUCCGGCAGUGGAAAAUCAUUUUUCGGCUACCAUUGACCAGGUCGGCGAUAUAUCAUUGGAGACGGCCAUCUCCCGGGAAGGACUUUUGGAUUCAUUAUUUUUGCUGUAUGAGGAAUGCAGCAAGGAUGCCCUCAAAAAGAGAGAUAAAAAUGUUUCAGAUUUUGUCAACAAAUACCGACCUAUCGUCAAAGAAACUCGCUCGAUGCGAGUUAACGUUAACGACUUUGAUGUAAAAAGUUUAAUCGGAAAAGGUUACUAUGGAGAAGUUCAUUUGGUAUAUGAACGCGGGAACAAAAACGGCGAGGUAUAUGCCAUGAAAAAAAUGUGCAAGGCAAUGGUUACUUCUACUCAAAUUCGAGAGGAACGGGAUAUCAUGGCGUCCAGGCGGUCAGAGUGGAUAACCUCGCUACAGUAUGCAUUUCAGGAUCAAGAAUGCUUGUACCUGGUGAUGGAGUAUCUUCCGGGAGGUGACCUGCUCAGUUUGAUGAUUCGUGUGGGUAUCUUCGAUGAAGAGCUUGCUCAAUUCUAUCUAGCGGAGUUAACGGAGGCCCUCAAUUCUUUGCACGCUCUUGGUUAUGUUCAUCGAGACAUCAAACCGGAAAACAUUCUGUUGGAUCGAUUCGGUCACCUGAAGUUGGCGGAUUUUGGCAAUGCGAUUGCGAUCAACAAAGACGGUAGUGUUACCAGUAUUACACCCGUCGGAACACCCGAUUAUGUUGCCCCGGAAUUGCUACAAACACUUUCGACGACAUCACGAUCACCGAGAAGCAAUCACGAUGUUACUUGCGAUUUUUGGUCAAUGGGCAUUAUUGGGUAUGAGUUUGUAACUGAAUCGACUCCGUUUCAUGAUGAAAAUGUAAACGAAACUUAUUCGAAAAUUAUCGCCCAUUGUGAGGGUCGAUAUACAAACAAAUUGUCAUAUCCAGAUCAUGUGUCCAUAUCCGCUCACUACAGAGAUCUUAUUGACAGACUCGUGACGAAAGUGUCCAACCGAAUGGGGUACAGUGAGAUUAAAAAACAUCCGUUCUUCAGUGAUGUAAACUGGACCAAGUUGAGAUAUCAAAUUCCUCCCAUAAUCCCAACCGUUAGUAGCGAUGACGACACGUCCAACUUCGAAGACGUUGACAAAUCCGUUAAAAGGAAUAUGCUUAUAAGCAAACCGACCUAUCCGAUAUCAAAGGUUCACGAUUUUAGUGGACAAAAUCUUCCAUUCCUCGGUUACAGUUACGUUUAUGAGGAGGCAGAUCCAGCAGGAAAGUAUCGCGAUACUGACGAACAUAUGGCCACAGCUCGCUUAUCGCAGAAAAUCAAAGAGCAGAAUCAAUUGAUUAAGGAGUACAAAGAAGAAAUUCAUCAGCUCCAGCGAGGUCUACUAGAGAGGGAUCGCAAAAUUGCCACGAUUAAUGCACACAGUAAAGUUUAUGGGGACACAAAAAAAGAAAUGGAAAAUUUACAGGAAUUGUUAAAAACAAAAACCGCCGAGCUUGCGACGGCCAAAACGGAUAUAAAAACUCUGCGGAACAGGUUCAAAAUCGAAGAAGAGCAACGUUUGAAAAACGAGGCAACUUUGGCGGACAUGUUGAAACAAACUUAUAAAAAGUGGGAAAAGGCCAAGCAAGCAUCGGAUCAGAACUAUGAAAAACAAAUUGCUGAUAGACGCACAGAAUACAACAUGUUGAGUGAGAAGUUGCGAUCGCAGUCCAACGAGCUCCGAUCGAAAGUUGAUGAGUGCAGUCAGCUGCAGUCGAUGAUUGAAAAUUAUAAGGAUCUGCUCAGAAAAUCGAAAGACAAAUUGAUGGUGGAUAAGGAAGAGUACGAUCAAAAUCACAACCAACUGGUGGCGGCCUAUGAGACGAAAAUUAUGGAGUUGAAGCAAAAAUGGAAAACCGAGAAAGAUCUGCGAGCAAAACAGGAAGAGGACAUUCGAGAACUUCGAUCACGGCUCCACGAAUACGAACAUGAUGCCAAGAAUACUGAACACUCUCACCAGAAGUAUGUGGAUAAUCUCAAACGAAGAAUGACCAUUCAGCUGGAAGAGGCCAAGCAGGUAUCGGAUAAAAUAAGUGAAGAAAUGCAGCAGAAGUGCAACAACUUAAGACGAGAGAUUACUAAACUGCAGGAACAAAGCGUUUCAUGCAGUACUAGCACUAGUAGCAACAGAAGUUCGAUGGUUAGCGUCAACGAGCCGGAAUUCAAGAGUGCCAAUUCCAGUUUGCAGGAGCUACACACGCACGUGGAAGAGCAGUUGCGAAGUGAUCUGAUUAAGGCGAGAGAAAGCGAAGACCUGCAACGCAAACGAGCUGACGGAUUGGAGGAGGUUGUUUCGCGACUGGAGAAAAUCAUCGAUCAGUUCAAGACUGGUCCGGGUGCGAGCGGACCAUCGGAAUCGGCGACGACGACUUCACUGUUAGAACGUCAGAACGAGCGCUUGGAAGGAAGACUUAAUGCCGUUCGGGAGCAGUCGAUCCUGGACAAGCAAUCGGCUCGAACGGCUAAUCUGUCACUGUGGAAGCUGGAAAAAGAGUUGGACCGGGUGAAGCUGGACAAUUCUAUUCUUGGUCGGAAGGUUGAACAGGCCGAAGAACGAGCGAACAAAAUCCGCAAGGAAAAGGAAGAAGCCGAAUUUAAAAUCAAACAAUCGGAGGAAACUGUGGCAAACAAAUUGAAGCAGAUUGACGAUUUGAAGGAAGACGUUCGUUUAUUGAAAGAUGAUUUGAAAAAGGAGAAAAACAGUCGGGACUUGAUCGAAAGAGGACGACUUACGGAGAAGGCUGAUUUGAUUGCAGCUACCGCCAAGCUGCAAAGUAUGGAGGAUAAAUUAGAUGAAGCAAAACUGAAGGCUAGCCAGGCCAAUGAUAAUUUGAGGGUUCUAACUACGGAAAAUUCACGACUUCUCCGAGAAUUAAAUGAAUGCCGGGAAGAGCUAUCGAGUGUCGAGGAGUCCAAAACACAUUUAGAGGAAAAAUUGGUUACUGUUACCAAGAAUUUUAAUAUGCUAAAGGGAGCUUGCAGUAUAACUGAGACACAACUAACGGAACUGGAGAUCUUACUUACGAAAGAGCAGAAACGGAGCAAGGAAAAUCAAGAGAAAAUAAACAACCUAUGGAAGGAAAUGAAUGAAAAGGAUUCUGAAAUUGCCAAACUGCGGCAAGAUCUACAUCAAGAGAAAUCAUCCAAAACAUUAAACGAGUCAAAAACCGUUCAGCUUGAGUCUGAGUACGAGAAAUUGAGACAGAAAUUUGAAGAUCUUCAGAAACAGAUGGUCGAUCAGCAGAAGGAGCUGAUUGAAAAGACAACUAGCCUGUUUGAAGUGCAGGAACGCAUCGAAAUGUUAAACUUGGACACCGACAAUCUGCAGAAGGUUGUUUCCAAUUACGAACAUGAGCAUCUGUUGCUCAAAGAAGAAAACUCGAAAGUGCUAACGGACUUAUUCAUGGCCAAGGAACACAUAACUAAGCAAAACAAUGAAAUUAAAGACUAUAAAAACAAGAUCAAUCAGUUAAACAAUGAACUCGGUCACGUGAAGAAGGUCCUUGUCGAACAGAAACAAUUCUACUCCGAACGAAACAUCAAAUCGGAAGCAACAUUGGAUCAGUACAAAAAAUUGAUCGAUUUCCUGCAAGCUCGUGUGGACGAAAGUGCACACAAGAAGAAAAAAUCUUUUGCGGAUAAGAUUUUUGGCUCCAGUGGUCACGACAAAAAGGAAAACGUUCCCCCCAAUCCAAUUAUGAUUGAAAAUACAACAAGUUACAAGAAGCUUCAGGAAGAAUUGCAGAAGGAGCGUCAGCGCACUAACCAACUGAAGGAGCAACUUUUGCGCACGAAAACAGACAUGAUUGCCAUGCAAGGUUCACUGAAGAAGACUCAGAAAGAUAAAGAAAAUCAGAAGCAGUUAGAAUAUGAGAUUGUCGAGGAAAAGCCAGUGCCGGAAAAAGCUGUUCCAACUGUGCAGAGGAAAACAUCACAAAAACCAUGUAAAACUAGCACUUCCAAAGCGCAUACGUUCGAUAUGACAUUGGAAACGCCGUCAUCGAAAAAUCCGGUCCAACUGUGCAGUGUUUGCGAUCGACAUAUCCUAGCCGGUCAGCCAUACUGGAAGUGUACGGUUUGCUCCAAAAACGUUCAUCGGAAGUGUCGAUCGGGUGCCAAAAAUGAUUGCCAGGAAGACGGCGAUCUAGAUUCACUGGCUAACGAAUUGUUGCAGGAGGUUGGUGCGUCGAGUGACACGGACUCGAUACAGGAUAGAGUCAGUUUGAUGGGCACUGAUUCGGGUCCUGUUAGCAGUGCUGACGAGAAGGUUAAUGACGACGAGGAUAAAUAUGUAGGUGAUUUGCUGUUCAAGUCGCGACGGUUGGAGCCAAAAUUGGUCAUCAAUGAUGUUUACGAUGUAAACGAAAGUGUGGUACUGUUGGCUACCGACAGCGGAUUACAUUCGUACAACGUGGAAACAGCGGAAUGCGUUCAGAUAAAAGGUAUCUCCAAUGUAAAGUCCUUUGCUAUAUCGCAGCACAUUCCAAAGGCAAUUAUAAUUGGCAACGAUGGCGAAUAUUUGUACCAGUGUGACGUACGCCAUCUGCAGAGCCGUGCUCAAGCUUCCUCUUGCCUGUCUCCUAAGGUGGAGACUUUUGUGUUGGAUCUUUCGAUUGCCAACCGAACGCACAGCGAACGGUGGCAUCUGGUUCGAAUGAUGGAUGAAGUUUCAUCGCAGCAAUUGUCGGACGCGAUUGCGAUUGCGGCGACUUCCUCGAGGAUUGUCAUUCUGAAAUUUGAUGUCAAUUUAGGACGAUUCAAGCCUGUACGUGGCUUAGAUACGGUUUUACCAGUUUCGUCGGUUCUCUUCACCCGACACACCGCCAUUGUAAGUUCAGAUAAGUUUUUUGAAAUCGAUCUCUCGUCAUUCGGUGCGGAAGAAUUUUUGGACAUGUCGGACUCUAGUUUGAGGGAUAUUCGCUCUUGUACCCCGGCAGCAGCAUUCAAAGUGAACAGUCAGGAGUUCCUUCUUUGUUUCAAAGAAGUUGGUAUCUUUGUUGACGAAUACGGCUGUCGUUCCCGACCGGACAACAUAAAUUGGUUACAGGAGCCACUGGAUUUCAAGUAUCGCGAAUCAUGCCUAUUCAUUGCCCAUUCUGAUUGCGUUCAAGUGAUGUAUGUAAGCAAGUCGUACACGAAGGAACUAGAACGUAAGGAAUCUGCCGAUGAACGGAGGGCGUUCGUUAAUCUGAAUUCGCCGACGUUGUUGGCAUUCCUUGACUUUGCUCGAACGAGUAUCUACGUGGCCUGCGAAUGCGGUCAUGAACGGGAACAAGAAAUCAUCAAACUCGAUGGGUACAAAGCAUUGCAGACUAUAUCGCCCGGUGUCGGUAGUUCAAUGGAAACUUUAUCCAGCAUGGCCAGUUACCCAACUACGGUUGCCCAGAGCAAUGAGACGAUAUCGACGCUUGGGCACGCGGUGUAAUCAUUGAAUUUAAGACUCAUUUACGAUUAUGGAUUGUUGAUUUUAGAUAUGUGACGUAGAAGUAUGUGCUCUUAAUAAAGAUUUUACUUCUCUGUGAAA